AUGGCGGAACCUUCCCAGGCCUCGACCCCGGCCCCGGCCGCGCAGCCCCGGCCCCUGCAGUCCCCAGCCCCCGCCCCGACCCCGACUCCUACUCCCAGCCCGGCUUCGGCGCCGACUCCGGCUCCCACUCCGGCACCUGCCCCCGCUCCAGCUGCAGCCCCAGCCGGGAGCGCUGGGGCGGGGGGGCCCGGAGUAGGAAGUGGGGGUACCGGGAGCGGGGGGGACCCGGCUCGACCUGGCCUGAGCCAGCAGCAGCGCGCCAGCCAGAGGAAGGCGCAAGUCCGGGGGCUGCCGCGCGCCAAGAAGCUGGAGAAGCUAGGGGUCUUCUCGGCUUGCAAGGCCAAUGAAACCUGCAAGUGCAAUGGCUGGAAAAACCCCAAGCCCCCCACCGCACCCCGCAUGGACCUGCAGCACCCAGCUGCCAACCUGAGUGAGCUGUGCCGCAGCUGUGAGCACCCCUUGGCGGACCACGUGUCCCACCUGGAGAACGUGUCGGAGGAGGAGAUUAACCGGCUGCUGGGGAUGGUGGUGGACGUGGAGAACCUGUUCAUGUCUGUCCACAAGGAGGAAGACACCGACACGAAGCAGGUCUAUUUCUACCUCUUCAAGCUCCUUCGGAAGUGCAUCCUGCAGAUGACCCGGCCCGUGGUGGAGGGCUCUCUGGGCAGCCCCCCGUUUGAGAAGCCUAAUAUUGAACAGGGUGUGCUGAACUUCGUGCAAUACAAGUUCAGUCACCUGGCCCCCCGGGAGCGGCAGACCAUGUUCGAGCUCUCGAAGAUGUUCUUGCUCUGCCUCAACUACUGGAAGCUGGAGACCCCUGCCCAGUUCCGGCAGAGGUCGCAGGCCGAGGACGUGGCUGCCUACAAGGUCAAUUACACCAGGUGGCUCUGUUACUGCCACGUGCCCCAGAGCUGCGACAGCCUCCCCCGCUACGAGACCACGCACGUCUUCGGGCGGAGCCUGCUCCGCUCCAUCUUCACCGUCACCCGGCGGCAGCUGCUGGAGAAGUUCCGGGUGGAGAAGGACAAGCUGGUGCCCGAGAAGAGGACCCUCAUCCUCACCCACUUCCCCAAGUUCCUGUCCAUGCUGGAGGAGGAGAUCUACGGAGCGAACUCUCCGAUCUGGGAGUCAGGCUUCACCAUGCCGCCCUCGGAGGGGGCCCAGCUGGUGCCCCGGCCAGCUACAGUCAGCGCAGCCGUGGUGCCCAGCGCCCCCAUCUUCAGCCCCACCAUGGGUGGGGCCAGCAAUAGCUCCUUGAGUCUGGACUCUGGAGGCGCUGAGCCCAUGCCAGGCGAGAAGAGGAAGCUCCCGGAGAACCUGACGCUGGAGGACGCCAAGCGGCUCCGUGUGAUGGGCGACAUCCCCAUGGAGCUGGUCAACGAGGUCAUGCUCACCAUCACCGACCCCGCCGCCAUGCUGGGGCCCGAGACGAGCCUGCUGUCGGCCAACGCGGCCCGGGACGAGACGGCCCGCCUGGAGGAGCGCCGUGGCAUCAUCGAGUUCCACGUCAUCGGCAACUCGCUGGCCCCCAAGGCCAGCCGGCGGGUGCUGCUCUGGCUCGUGGGGCUGCAGAACGUCUUCUCCCACCAGCUGCCACGCAUGCCCAAGGAGUACAUCGCCCGCCUCGUCUUUGACCCGAAGCACAAGACUCUGGCCUUGAUCAAGGACGGGCGCGUCAUCGGCGGGAUCUGCUUCCGCAUGUUUCCCACCCAAGGCUUCACGGAGAUUGUCUUCUGCGCCGUCACCUCCAAUGAGCAGGUCAAGGGCUAUGGCACCCACCUGAUGAACCACCUGAAGGAGUAUCACAUCAAACACAACAUCCUCUACUUCCUCACCUACGCCGACGAGUACGCCAUCGGCUACUUCAAAAAGCAGGGCUUCUCCAAGGACAUCAAGGUGCCCAAGAGCCGCUACGUGGGUUACAUCAAGGACUACGAGGGGGCGACACUGAUGGAGUGCGAGCUGAACCCCCGCAUCCCCUACACGGAGCUCUCCCACAUCAUCAAGAAGCAGAAGGAGAUCAUCAAGAAGCUGAUUGAGCGCAAGCAGGCCCAGAUCCGAAAGGUCUACCCCGGGCUCAGCUGCUUCAAGGAAGGUGUGAGGCAGAUUCCCGUGGAGAGUGUCCCUGGCAUUCGAGAGACGGGCUGGAAGCCGCUGGGGAAGGAGAAGGGGAAGGAGCUGAAGGACCCUGACCAGCUCUACACAACCCUCAAAAACCUGCUGGCCCAGAUCAAGUCACACCCCAGUGCCUGGCCCUUCAUGGAGCCUGUGAAGAAGUCGGAGGCCCCUGACUACUACGAGGUCAUCCGCUUCCCCAUCGACCUGAAGACCAUGACGGAGCGGCUGCGCAGCCGCUACUACGUGACCCGGAAGCUCUUCGUGGCGGACCUGCAGCGGGUCAUCGCCAACUGCCGCGAGUACAACCCCCCGGACAGCGAGUACUGCCGCUGCGCCAGCGCCCUGGAGAAGUUCUUCUACUUCAAGCUCAAGGAGGGGGGGCUCAUCGACAAGUAG